UCUUUAAACCAAUUCAUAAUGAGAGAAAUAGUUCAUAUUCAAGCGGGCCAGUGUGGAAAUCAAAUUGGAGCUAAGUUCUGGGAAGUCAUCUCGGAUGAGCACGGAAUCGAUCCCACUGGUACUUAUCACGGAGAUUCGGAUUUGCAGCUGGAGCGUAUAAAUGUGUACUAUAACGAAGCUACAGGUGGGAAAUAUGUUCCAAGAGCAGUGUUAGUUGAUUUGGAACCAGGAACAAUGGACUCGGUUCGUUCGGGACCGUUUGGACAACUAUUCAGACCUGAUAACUUUGUUUUUGGUCAAAGUGGGGCAGGAAACAACUGGGCCAAAGGACAUUACACCGAAGGAGCCGAAUUAGUGGACUCAGUUUUAGACGUGGUGCGUAAGGAAGCAGAAGGGUGCGAUUGCCUCCAAGGGUUCCAGCUCACUCAUUCUCUAGGAGGGGGCACCGGUUCCGGAAUGGGCACGCUCAUGAUCUCCAAGAUAAGAGAGGAGUACCCAGACAGGAUCAUGAACACGUUCAGUAUCGUACCCUCCCCUAAGGUCUCCGAUACUGUAGUGGAGCCUUAUAAUGCCACUCUAUCGGUUCAUCAGUUGGUGGAGAACACAGACGAAACCUUUUGCAUCGACAAUGAAGCUCUGUACGACAUAUGCUUCCGCACCCUGCGACUGACGACGCCCACGUACGGCGAUCUCAACCAUUUGGUGUCCGCCACAAUGUCCGGAGUCACGACAUGCCUCAGAUUUCCCGGACAGCUGAACGCGGAUCUGAGAAAGCUGGCGGUCAACAUGGUGCCGUUCCCGCGUCUACAUUUUUUCAUCACCGGAUUCGCACCCCUCACUUCUCGAGGGAGUCAGCAGUACCGCGCACUCACUGUUCCCGAACUGACGCAACAGAUGUUCGACGCGAAGAACAUGAUGGCGGCCUGCGAUCCGAGACAUGGUCGAUAUCUCACGGCUGCUUCUGUUUUCAGGGGCAGGAUGAGUAUGAAAGAAGUGGAUGAACAAAUGUUGAACAUACAGAACAAGAACAGCAGUUAUUUUGUGGAAUGGAUUCCGAACAAUGUGAAGACGGCUGUGUGCGACAUCCCACCCAGAGGCUUGAAGAUGUCCUCCACCUUCAUUGGCAAUAACACUGCUAUACAAGAGCUCUUCAAACGCAUCUCGGAACAAUUUACAGGUACAUUCUGA